GCAAAUUCCUCGUGUCUAUACCGCUGACCACAUUGCUUUCUUUAGGAAUCGUCUUCUUCUUCCUUCCUCGCGUUAGGGUUUGCAGAGUUCCAGUUUUGCCUUUGUUCCUUCGCGCCUUGCAUAUGAGCUCCUAUUCAUGCGGUUUUUCGAUUCCGUUUCUGUAACUCGCGAAAUCCCACAACCGUAUCGUGCGACGCGGUAUAUUGGAAUCUCAACAGGGCUCUAAUUGAUGAAUUAAUUCCAAAAAUGAGCAAUUCACACUCUGAAAAUCACGAUGAAGUAACUGUCGUGGGAUUUGAAGUUCCGAAGUCUCCUGACUCCAGUUACAAUAAUGUCUACCCUGGAAAUGAAGAUGAGGCACGGGAUCCGCCUAUGGUCCCUUCACAUUUGCACCACCCUUUGCUCAGUUAUCCUGCUAGUAGAGACACUUCAGGAACUCUUCCAUUGCCUCAGCAUGUGAUUCUAAAUCAUCUUUAUAUUGAGAAUAGAGAGUCACCAAGAUCUGUGGUGUCAUUGGGAUUUACCCAUCGCUUCCGUUCUAAAUAUGUUACUGUCGUUCUCUACAAACCAGUCUAAAGAAGCGGACGUACAAGCAUUAAUGUGCAUAUUAAUCACUAUUGGUUUGUAAUGAUUUAUUGUAGACUCGAUAAUCCAAUUGCAGGAAAUGAUAUUUUUAU